AUGAUCAACGUUCAUCUCAAAAGCGCCUAUGAAAUCAAUCACAACGAUUCUGCUCGUUAUUAUCAAUUUCAAGCUGGAUAUAUACCGCUUUUCAUCGUUAUAGGAUAUAUUAGCUGUCUAUUGAUGGUUCUCGCAGGAUAUUGGGUCUAUGCAUUGGUAUUGUCUUUAAUUUUAACCGCUGCGUUUUUCGAUAAAUUCAUUUUGACACCAAAACAAAUAGAUACACGUCUUUUCAAAGACAAGUUAUAUUCAAUACCUCCAGUUCAUGAUAAAGAGUUGAUGGAUAGGAUAUCAAAAUUGCCAAAUUAUUUGAAAGAAGUUGGAAAUUUACCAAAGGAUACUAAAUAUAAGCAUAAACCUUUAGAAGGUUUAGGUUUAUUUCCAAUGGAAAUUUGGGAAAUUAUUUUUCAUCAUUGCAAUUAUUCACCUGUGGAUGCCCUAAUGAUUAAUAAAACAUUCUGCGAAUGCGUUGCACCUAAGCUAUACGAGAAGAUACAUGUCUUAUUAACCAUCAAUUCAACAUUUGCAUAUAAAGAUAGGACAUAUAAAUCAUUUAUUAGAGGAACAGGGUAUGUCACUUCACCUAAUGAACGUUAUGAAGCUUAUAAAGAAUAUCAAUCUGUCUUGAAGAAUGAUGUUGAAUUUAUAAAACUUGAAUUUCAUAAAGAUUUCAGAAUUCGAGGGUAUCUCUUAAACUUGAUUACAGAAGUUGAUAUAUUUGAACUAUUGAUUCAAAAUGUUUUAACAAAUCCAAAUUCAUACAUGAAAAGAUUUAUCAAGAAGAUUAAUGUUGAUUUUGCAUUCAUGAACUUAUAUCAUACAGGAUCACGGGAAAAAAAUGUUGAACUUUUGUCACCAAAAAGAUGUCAAAAUCCAAAGUCUUGUUAUAAAAUUUCUGGUUUUCAAUAUCGUUGUCAAAUUAAAACAAUCGUUUCAGACCAAUUUUUAAAUGGAUUCCAGGCUUUAAAUACUAUUUCGUUUCUCAAUAGAUUCUCAUUUCAAGAUUAUUUAAUUGAAACUUCAAACAUUAUUCCAUUUCUAUACCGUAAUUAUAGAAAUAACUUUACUGACAAUGAUAGUGCAAGGUCUCAAGUUUCUGAUUGGAAAAAUUCCGAGGAUGCAGUACGUACAUUCCCUGGAUUAAGAGUAACGCAACCACUAGUUAAAUAUGAGUGUUAUAAAUAUGUUGAUGGAUAUGGAUACAUGUAUAAUAGACAUGAUGCUAUUUCUCAAUAUCAUCAAGAUUGGAAUUCGUCAUUUGCCUUACAAGCUAGGACUUUUAAAACAUUGGAUGAAACUAGCACAUUAAUUAAUAAAACAUUAGAUGUACUAUCAAGCUCGAAUGAGGUUUUAAGAGAUGUCUCAACAUCAACUUUAUUUUUGGAUAGUUUUUAUGAUAAUUAUGGAGCUGCAAGAGAAGAUAUUGAUGGUGAGUUUCCUUCAUAUUUAUUUAGUGAAACAUGUUACGCUUUCCGUCCUAUGCUUACGGUAUUCAACAAGAAACCGGAUCAUGAUAAGCCAAUUUUUUUGGAACAAGUGAGGAAAUUUUUAAAAACUACAUAA